GCGGGAGGGAGGGUUUAACCAUUAACCAGCAUUAACCAUUAAGGCAGCUGUGCAGAGCCGGUACCGUACAUAAGGCGUGCGCACCGGCGUCCACGCCUCAGCCUGAGCGCGUUACCAGGAGGUGGAGGAUACAUCCAGCAGCCGGCCACGCGAAGUGCUUGUGCUGUUCAUCACUCCGGUCUGUCCGCUUCUCCUCUCCGGGACUGCUGACACUGAAAGGUGACUGUCCACUCUGGUUGGGGAGGUACUUUCCGAAAGCUGUAAUUCAAUCUUCAUACUGCAGACCUUUAAAUAUCUCCCAGGAAAACCUCCCAGCAGCCACGUGGUGUAAGGUGAGACCUUCCCAGCCCGGUACACUCACCAGUCUGACAUGACCAUUGGGCAGAAAGCAUAACCAGUCUGUGCAGCAAUCUGAGUACUUCAGACCUCUGAUUUUAUUUUUUCUUUAGCUUAUGCUGAACUGUUGACAAGUGACUGGAGGGGAUUUCUGUGGUGAGUCCCCAAGCCUGUUGUUUUCCUCUCUUUUCUGUUUUGAACCAGUAUGCUUUCUUCUUUUUUUCGCUGGCCUACCCUGAGCACCUUGCAGUGAAUGGAGAACCUACUGGUUCUGCUCCCGAAGCACCGACAGGAACACGGGCUCUGCAGACACACGGCUGCAUGUGCCUUGCUGCAGGUUUUUUCCUACAGUGCAGUUUUCUCCUGGUCUUUAGUAGCGACCCCCACUCCCAGUAAGCCUCUUUAAUGGGAUAAAUCAAUUGGACUGAUCAGGUUCAAAACCAGAUCAGGUGGACCGUUCCAUUCUGACUUCCCCAAAACUGUUAGGCCAAGGUAACCUGACCUUUUCUUGUCAAGCACAUUGUCUUCCCAAGGCUUCCGCAUGGUACUUUGGUCGAAAGAACAAGACAAACUCCCUGACAUCGACAUGUCCUCCGGGGACAUUGAGGUGAAAAAGGAGGGAGGCCUCCAGACCCCGGCCCUCCUCAACUCCAACUGCUCCAUCCACCCGGUGAUCCUUACAAAGGGCCCCGAGGAGGUGAGCCCAGGGUCCGGGGGUGAGUUCGAACUCACAGAGGUCACAACAUUCACCGAGAGGGCCGGUGAGACUGGGGAGGAUGAGGAGAGGGCGGAGAUCGUGGUGGCAUUGGACUGCCGGGCCAACGCCAAAGGUCAGCGGGAGGAGGACGCUCUGCUGGAGAACGCAAGCCAGAGCAACGAGAGUGAUGACACCAGCAUCGACCACAGCCCAGAACCACCGGCACCCCUCAAGGAGACCUCCUUCUCCAUUGGCCUGCAGGUGGUGUUCCCCUUCCUGCUGGCCGGGUUCGGGACAGUGGCAGCUGGAAUGGUGCUAGACAUUGUCCAGCACUGGACGGUGUUUACGAAUGUGUCAGAGGUGUUCAUCCUGGUUCCAGCACUGCUGGGGCUCAAAGGCAACCUGGAGAUGACGCUGGCCUCCAGACUUUCCACAGCGGCUAAUAUUGGACAGAUGGACACAGCCAAGAACAUGUGGAAGAUGAUCAUGGGGAACUUGGCCCUCAUCCAGGUCCAGGCCACAGUGGUGGGGUUCCUGGCAUCCAUAGCUGCUGUGAUCUUCGGCUGGAUCCCUGAGGGACACUUCAGGCUGGGCCAUGCGGUGUUGCUGUGUGCCUCCAGUGUGGCCACUGCCUUCAUUGCCUCUCUGCUGCUAGGGCUCAUCAUGAUUGGUGUGAUCAUUGCGUCUAGGAAAGUUGGCAUCAACCCUGACAACGUGGCCACACCUAUUGCUGCUAGCCUGGGAGACCUGAUCACCCUGUCCCUGCUGGCAGGCAUAUCAACCGGACUCUACAAAGAACUAGGUAACGAACACGCAGAGCACAAUAACUAUGCCAACCCGCUGGUGUGUGCUGUGUUUGUGGCGAUGUGCCCCCUAUGGGUGCUGAUAGCCAGGAGGAUCCCAUCCACCAGAGAACUCCUGUACUCCGGCUGGGAGCCAGUCAUCAUCGCCAUGGCCAUCAGCAGUGUCGGUGGUUUGAUUCUCGACAAGACCGUCACCAACCCAAACUUUGCUGGCAUGGCUGUCUUCACUCCGGUGAUCAACGGUGUGGGAGGUAACCUGGUAGCAGUUCAGGCCAGUCGAAUCUCCACCUAUCUGCACAUGAACGGCUUACCCAUGGGGGAUCCCAACCCCACCCCCAGGAAGUGCCCCACACCCUGCACCUCCUUCUUCGGCUCCUCUGUGAACUCUCGUUCAGCCCGUGUGCUCUUCCUCCUGGUCGCCCCGGGUCACCUUGUCUUCCUCUACACCAUCAACUCCCUGAGGGGGGGACACACUACUCUGACACCUGUUUUCAUUACGUUCUACCUGGCUGCUGCACUACUACAGGUGAUAAUCCUCCUCUACCUGGCAGACUGGAUGGUCCACUGGAUGUGGGGUCGAGGCAUGGACCCCGACAACUUCUCCAUCCCCUACUUGACGGCUCUGGGUGACCUGCUGGGGACCGGCUUCCUCGCCCUCUGCUUCCACAUGCGCUGGUUCAUCGGGGACAGAGACUCUAACGCGGGCAACUGAAUGCAUGCACAGAAGAAAGAGACAAAAAAAACUUCACAUACUGUACGCUUGAACGCACGGACAGUGACGAACAUCACCCGUAUGCCUGAACAUUAUCUGCAAGUGGACAUUGUCUACUAUAAAAGGGCUAAUCUCCUUUAGGGCUCUGAUUGAUGGUAUAGCACUUGUAGGGCAGUAGUGUUUCAUCUCAUCUGGAUAUCAGGACACUGAUGCACCGCAGCAGAAGACCAGAUUUGAAACAGUAUCUGUGUUUCACUUUAGAAACAAUGCAAACACACAUAUCUCCACCUCAACCAGUGAACAAAACUCCAUCAGAUGGAUCCAGCCCCACAAACUAUAUUUUACUUAAUAACUGAGUCCUACUACUUUUGUUAUUAUUAUACUAUUGACAAUGAUUAUUAUUGUUGGUAAAUAAUGCAUUUGAUAUGAAUCGAUAUUUGUUCUAUGUACAGGGCCAGUCCUCAUUAUUUUCAAUGGGGACGUUAGCCCAUCCGUUUUUAAAGAUCAAGUUUUAACACUUGAAACUAAGACAACAAAAGAUAGCAAAAAUAUAUCCAAACAAGCCUAGAAUGCUUAAUCACCAAGUGCUCUGUCUUACAUACAGAAUGAAUAUUAUACGUGUCUCAUUUCUGAUUCAGUAGAGUGCAUAGGGCUAGCUGUUCUCUCUGUUGUACCCUGGCCUUGUGACUGUAGGAAACAGGAUUGGGGGGUUUUACUACAGGGGACUGGACCACAAACGUAACAAGCUAAAUCCCUUUUGGCAUCGCUCCCAUCGGCGGAUGGCUUAAUUUGAGUUGGACGGGAACAGAAAAUCAAGGUUGUAAUUCCCACAUUUACUUCCCCUCAAUUCUGGGCUUGAGAAUCAGGAAUAUUAGAUCUAAGGUCAGAUCAUUGUCCAACAGAUGUUUGCAUCAGCCACUCCAAGAAGGUAUACCUCUGAUUUUAUCAGCAGUUAGAAUUAAUUAAUGUCUAUUUAAAAGUUAAUGGGGGUUGUGUGCUCACUCACUUCCUCUGGAGUCCACAGAGGUCACACUGUUUCCUUUUUUGGCUAAAUCUACUAAAAACGGACGUAAUGAAACGGCCAGAGUACGAUUCUUCUUUGUUUGAGCAAACACACAGAAACAGUGGAAAACAGUAUGUGGAAAAAGGCCAGACAAGUGUCAGUUAGGAAUGUGUCGGUACACCUGACACACAAAAACACACACCUCACUGUUGGUUGCAGCUCACAGUUUUUUUUUUCUUUAUGGAUGCCAAGAGGUUAGAGAGGCCUUAUUUUGCCGUGAGCUGUUCCAGGUGAGGAAAGCACCAGUCCCCCUGUCUGAAACCAUCUGCCAACUCUCUACUGGAGCAGGCUAGUUGUUGCUGUGUUGCCCAAGCCAGGCUUAUAGUAAGUGACAAGAGGCUCAACAUGCUGCAACGCACUGGAAACAACAGCCAAGUGAACACGGUUGUGUCCACACGUGGUAACAGAGGGUGAAAGUUUAAGUUGCCUUAGCCCAGAUGUGCUCACUCAGGUUCAGCUGUCUGAUACCAGAUGAAACGUUCUGAUCGCUGAUAUUUUGUGUGGAUAUUUGAUACAUAAUUUAAAUUUGACUAUUUUCAUUUCCACAAAGCAUUUAGAUGGUCUAAGUUGGAGCACUGAAUUUUUCCAGUGAAAGACAGACCAAUUAAGUUCUUUGAGGUUGGUUGACGGUUAGGUCACAGUAGCCGCAGGAAGCUGUGGCAAUUUUACUGUUCAUAUAGUUUUCAUUCUAUAGCCCUUAGAUUUCACCAAAGGAUUAGUGUUGUUCUUAAAGCUGCCUGAGGGCCCGGUCACACCAGCAUUUAAAACAGAAACAUUUACAUAAAUUCACUUCAAUGGAAUCACAGCAAUCAGUGGAUUCUCUCGCAGGGUGGAGAAUAUGUUCACAAAGUUUUUGCAUUGAGUUCAGCUCAAGUGAAACUGACCGAUAGCAAAAUGUCUUGACAGUCCUGACCUUUGAAGGAACAGAGCAGAGCUUCAAAAAGUGUGCUGGACUUUGAAAGCAGCUUGACAUAGUGGUCAAACCGUGUAGCUACAACUUCCAGGUCCAUCAUGUGAUGCCAUUCCCACUGAUGUGCAUAGGGUCAGAUACUUCUGUAAAGUUCUGAGUAUCACAGCCCCUUUGAAAUUACUUGUUUUGCCAUCAGAAUUUGAUCCUGAUCUGAGAUGUGAUCCAUUCAAUCUGAGAACAUUUCAAAAGUCUGCAAGAGCUGCACAACUAAGUCAUUUUAUCCCCAUUCAGGUUAGUAAAGAGCUGAUGCGGAAGUAGCUGGCUGAAGCAUUCCCCAGGGCCCUGCCACUGCUUUUCUGCCAAAGGAAAACGCCAUGUGGACACAUACCCACAGAGAACUUUUAUCCCCCUUAUAGUUACUCUAUGUUGAAUGAAAUUAUGUACAAUCUUCGGCAACAAAAUGUCGAGGGGGGGUACAGAGAAACUCAGAGCACUUGUGACUGACUACGCUAGCUUGUUACUGUUCUUUGAUUUAAUUUGCUAGCUUCUGGUGUGACCGGGCACCGAGGAUGAUUUAAUCCUUGGUUGUUGUCGUUUUGUUUUCAGAUACUGUAGAGUUGGGUUAGAGUAAAAUUCCAGGAUUUUUUUUGUCUUUGGUCCGGAAGGAACUUGACCUUCUAUAAGCGAAUGACUGACUGGACAAUGUUUAAUCAGAGGGCAAAAUUGGUUUAACCUUGGUGUAUCAUCCACUGAGGGUAAACCUUAGUCCCCCCAACACACAAACACACACAAACUAUCUACCACCAGACUCAGCUGCCCCGAGCUGACUCUCUUUGAGGGCUUACAGGUGAAGAGGAGAAUGAAAAAGGAAGUCGUGAGCCAUUUUGACAGACUGUACCGAUUACAGACGAUGGCCCAGGGCCAAAGCCCAGUGUUUUAGGAGAAACCUGCAUGUGAUGCUUAAAUAAUCCGGCGCUUGUCAGACUUCUGUGCUGUUUCUAAGGGGCCAGCAGAAUGCAUGUGCAGGGCACAUAAUGUGAUUGUGCAAAAAAAACUUGAUUAUUUUUUCUGUUAAAAAUCUUUUGUUUUGGGUUCGACUGAUUUUUUUUCUUUUUUAUGUGUCAAUUAUGUUAAAAUUGUGGGGGUUUUUCUAUUCCUUUCCUCCUUUCCCUAAUCUUUUUAACUCUUCAUGAUUUUUGUUUUGUGUCGUAAAUUUCAUCAAGCAAACAACCACUGUAAUAAGAUGAAGCAACUUCUCCACGCUGGUCAAAGGCACAAAGUACUGUAAUCUGCAAAGCGGACACCAGAGGGCACCGCAGGGAUUCUCUUAACUGUGCAACUUCUCAGUGCAUCUCUGUGUCCUCUGGAUUCAAACCCCAACAUGUCCACCCGGAGUGACUUUAUUUUGUCUUCUUUUCUACAGCGUUUGACUUGUUGUAAAAGUUGCAUCCUUCCAUCUGUUCACUCUCAGUCUGUAUCCUCCACUCUCUUACCGACCAGGUGCCAGCGUUCUGCCUCUGUGUCAAUGGAAAGUUGUGAAUACUUCUAUAAGGGGGCAAGUAAUGCUUUGUCUAUUUAUUUUUAGAUGCACACAAAGCAAAUUGUACAUAUUAUAUUUAUUCUAUAUAUAAGGUUGUUUAUUUUGUCAUUUCAUUUUGGCUCUGUUUCCUUGUCACCAUGUUGUUAUCAUUCUUCUCUUCUAUGUUUUUGUUUUUUCUUUUCUUUGCAAAAGGCCAGUAGAGCUUCUUGGUACUUCCCGCACUAGAACGGCGGUAAGGCUAAUGAGUAGCACGGUGCCUAAUACCAGUCUUUACACACCUCACACAUAUGCACACACACCCUGUCACACACAGGGUAAGCAUACUUAUAAGACAUAGAAUGGCCUUAACCUAUCAGAGCCAAGCUCAACUCAGUGUAACCAAUCAGGAGCUAGGUUCGCCACAGAGUAGCAUCUCUUUAAUUAGCUUUGAUUAAUAAAAGAUGUACAGUAAGUUGAUUCUGAUGUAAUGUAAUGAUGACUUUAUAUGAUGCAGCAGGGGGGAGGAGGGCUUGUCGCAUCAAGCUUUUGUUCACAUGACUCGGCAAAAAAAUGAGGAUGAAGGCUGAGAAACCUCAGUAGGUCUACAGGGCAUCUGACAAGUAGGAUUUUAACCCACAAACACGCCAUAAAACCUGAGUGCAACAUGACAGAAUGCACAGUGUCACUUCUUAUGAUUCCAGACGUUUCCUCCUUUAAUUGAAAUACCCAGCCUUUAAAACCCUUCACCCUCCUACUGCCUUGUUAACCUCGCUGCUUCAAACCCUCAAGCCCCUGAACUCACAGGGAACCACGCUGAUCCUCAGGCUGCCACCAUCAAGAUGGAGCCUUUGAUUCAGACUCUAAACUUCCACCUGUCUUACUGGGGCCAGGGUCUUUGCAGUCUCUGUGUUCUUCUGGUAAAGCCCUCCCUCUGUGAGGCUGGAGGAACGCUCUCUCCCUGCAGGACUUUGUAAAUUGCUGGAAAUAAAGGACUAUAUUAUUUCAUA